CGGCUAACUUGCUCCAACGCAAAAGUGACGUCGGUCCCGUGCUGUGGUCGGCAAGUGGCUUGCUUGGGGUGGCUCGUGGCUCAAGCGUGGCUCAAAGUGGCUAGGAUCUUAGGGUUGUUAGUCGGGAGUCUCAAGCCCCAUCACGUGAUCCUAUCAUCACGGGAUCCCCGGCUCUAGCUCUCUUCGGGCCUCAGGCUGAAAACCUGCGGCUCGGGUCGCUACGGUCCGCCCGAUGACCACACCUCACCACUCGGUCACUUCAUCUCGGGAUAUUCUGAUUUGCUCUGCUUCCGGAAUCCCACGGCCUCCUCGACUUCGAUCUCGAGUCUUUUUCCGGGUGAAUACCCUCAUCUCCACUCACCAAUCUCCCCUCUAGCUCUUUUAUACACCAAUUGGCUGCAUAUCUCCCCGCCAUGCUUUACCGUGCCACCGCCGCUCGCUCCGCCCUCCGGGCUGUCUCGAGCUCUAAUGCCUCCGUGACUCGCUCUAUUCUGGGCAACCCUAUCUUCAAGGCCCAGCUGACCUCGUCCGCUCGCGCCGUCCGCCCGGCCGUCAAGCCCAGCUUCGCGCUCGCCGCUCACAAGCCCGUCACCACUGCUCUCGUCCGCUAUGCGUCUUCCUCUAGCAAGGAGGGUGAGGACAUCGACAUGAUGGCCGGUAUGAAGUCCGAGGCUAAAGUCAUCCAGGACACCUUCAGCUUGAAGGAAGUCCCCAAGGAGGCUCUUGCUCUCGGUAUGGCCGGUGUCAUUCCCUACCUGGCCACCUCCCUCCAGACCGUCUACCUCUCCUACGAGAUCAACCGCGCCGCCGCUCUCGGUGAUGGCCUGAUCUUCAAUGGCCAGAGCGCCGAGCUGAUGCUGCACAUGCUGGAGCCCAUCCAGGUUGGCUAUGGUGCCGUCAUCCUCUCCUUCCUCGGUGCCAUCCACUGGGGUCUUGAGUGGGCUGGCUACGGUGGUAAGUUCGGCUACCGCCGUUACGCCGCCGGUGUCAUUGCCCCAGCCGUUGCCUGGCCCACUCUGCUGCUCCCCGUGGAGUACGCCCUGAUCAGCCAGUUCCUGGCCUUCACCUUCCUGUACUACAACGAUGCUCGCGCUGCCGCUGCGGGCCGUGCUCCUCACUGGUACGGCAUGUACCGCUUCGUGCUGACCUUCAUCGUCGGUGCCAGCAUCGUCGCCACCCUGGUUGGCCGUGAGCAGAUCCAGCAGAGCAUUGUCUCCGAGCACACCAUCAAGGACAAGAUCAACGCUCUGAUCUUCCUCCAGAAGAAGGAGAAGGAGGAGGCCGAGGCUCGCAAGAAGGCCGAGUCCGGUCAGGAUGAGGAGUAAAUGUUUUUUUUGCUGGCUUUUUUUUGAGCAAAUGAUAGCUCCUUUGAGCUGUUCAGAAAAAAAAACCCUUUACCAACUUGUAUGGGGGGACAGAGGAUACUUGAUCACCCCCGUGUUCUCUCUUGUUUGCAUUCCCCGUGAUUUCCUGUAGAUUAUACGCAGAACGCACUAGGGCCGAAGCUUUAUUGAAUUUCCUUUGUCUUGUUUGAGUUGUUGUGUUAAAAGAGGAGAAUUGAGAAGAAUAGAGAGGAGGGUUCAGUGGUUUAUAUGGAUGUCCAGUCG